AAGAAAGAAAGCACAGAAGGUAAAAGUCAAGUCAUCCGGUAAGUCGUGCGCGAAAAUGUUCGAGGUGUUCGAUAAGCCCUUCGCCGAUCCUGUCCAGCUGCCGCUGGCGGGCAGUAUCCGCACCUCGGUGAUCAUCAUCACGGUGUAUCUACUGUUUGUGCUGAAGCUGGGCAGGAAGCUGAUGGACAAGCAUGAGGCACUCCAGCUGCGAGGUGUGCUCAAGUUCUACAACAUCGGACAAGUCCUGUUCAAUUCGGUGAUUUUUGUGGGGGGCAUCCACCUGUUAUUCGUGCUGAAGCCGUACAACCUGAACUGCAUGCAGGUCCUGCCGCAGGAUCAUGAACUAAAGUCCACGGAAAGGACACUGUCGUACUUGUACCAUCUGAACAAGGUGCUCGACCUGAUGGACACCAUAUUCUUUGUGCUGCGCAAGAAGCAGCGCCAGAUCACGUUCCUCCAUGUGUUCCAUCACGUCUUCAUGGUCUUCACCUCGCACAUGCUGAUCCGGUUCUACGGUUUCGGUGGCCAUGUCUUCCUGAUCUGCAUGUUCAAUGUCCUGGUGCACAUCGUCAUGUACGGCUACUACUACGCCUCAUCGCAGAGCGAGAAUGUGCAGGAGAGCCUCUGGUGGAAGAAGUACCUCACCCUGGGCCAGCUGGUGCAGUUCCUCAUGAUGUUCCUGCACUGCAUGUACACCUACUUCCAGCCCAACUGCUCGGCGUCGCGGGGUGUCAUCUACGUCAUAAGUUCGGCCAGCGCCUUCAUGUUUCUGAUGUUCACCAAGUUCUACAUAAAGACCUACAUUCGACCGAAAGAGGUCAAGUCCAAGGGCAAGGUAAACUGAAUGCAUCUGCUACACUGUGAUCAAAAACUGGUAAUUCGUGUGUGCACAACUAUUGGGGUGCAUAGGAUUGAAGAUUGUCUUUCCAACUUUCAUAAAUAAUUUUUAUAAAAUUCCCAA